GCCGCCGCCGCGCCGCGCCGCGCCGCCAGUGUACGCCGAGCAGACGGAGUGAGCGCGUGCACGCGGCGAGCAGAGUGGGGGCGACCGCACACCGGGCUGACCUCGCCCAGCCAGCGGCUGUCGACCCGCACCAGGCGCGCAGUUUGAUACAGAGCGGCUCCUGACGCCAGCGCGGGACACGAGCUCGGCUGCGCGGCAGGCGGCGACAUGCCCGUGUCGUCCAACUUCAGCAUGGAGGUGUACAACGGCCGUGACCGCGGCCGGCGCAGCAGCGAGUCGUCAUCGGCUUCGGACGCUACCAGGGAGAGGCUUCGCUCGGCGGGUGGCGUCAAAAAACAGGUGUCAGCUGAUUCGACUGAGAACAUCCCGACACGGCGCGUGAGCGUGGGCCCAAAGCCGGCGGCCAACCCGAUGAAGUUUGUGGCGGCUGGGCCGACGCCGCUGCUACGCACCGCCUCCGAGCAGAUGCUGAAGGCCGAGAAGCUGCGCAUGGCGGCCAAGCCGGCCGUUAAGGAGGAGGAGAGCGCCGCGUGGCAGAACAACCUGGACAACUGGAAGUCGUCGCGAAGGAAGCGACAGGAGGACGUGAUCGAGCGGCUGACGGAGGUGAAGAAGAUGGAGGAGAUUGACCACGACCGUUCGCGCCGCCGUGCCAAGACCUUCGGCGAGAUGAUGCAGGACCGCAGCGGGAAGGGCCGCCGCAUGCUUCAGGUGUUUACCGACGACGACAACGACAUCAGCGGCCUACUGACGGCUAAGUCGCCGGCUUCCAGCGACACGAAGUCUGACCUGGGCUUCGCCACCAGCUCCGAUACGGGCAGCGAGCCAAGCGACAACCAGGAGGCGCCUGUUGCCGGCGACGGGAGCUUCUCCAAGCCUGCGGAGCCGGCUCCGGUGACGGCUCCCGUGGUCAGGAGCAUCCCCGCGGAGCCAGCCGUCCUGGAGCCGGCUCCCGUCUCCUGGGAGGAUCCGAGCCACGCCGUCGACCAGAUGGAGGCUCAGAUUCUGCGUCAGCUGGAGGAGAGCGAGCGAACGCAGAUGUCCGCCGGGGAGAUGCCCGCCGUGCUGGACUUCCCGCUGCAGCCGUCGGCCGCGCCCCCGCCCAGCGAGAAGCCGCCGCCGCCGCCUCCCAUCUCUGAUGACGACGAACCGACGCCGGAGGCGCGACCAGCCAAGUCGACGACUACGGUGAAGAAGGACCUCUACCGGCGGCGGUCCGACUUCCUGGGAAUCCAGGGCAAGGCUGACUAUGAGCCGACGCCGGCCGUCUCGCGGCCGCCUGACAUGGAGGCGCUGCUGCGCCAAGAGCGCGCCCAGCAGCAGGAUCAGGAGCGCCGUCGUCAGGCGGCCGAGCAGAGCCGGCGCCGCGAGCAGGCGCGCCGCGAGUCGCUGCGUCGCGCCGAGGAGGAGGCUGAGGCGCGUGCCGAGGAGUUCCGCCGCCGCGCCCAACAGGAGCAGGAGCAGCGUGAGCAGGAGCGCCGCGCCCUGGAGGUGCAGCAGCAGGAGGAGCAGAGAUUGGAGCAGGAACGGCGUUCGCAGGAGCAGCUGCUUGAACAAGAGCGACGCUCUCAGGAGCAGCUGCUGGAACAGGAGCGGCGCUCGCGGGAGCAGCUGCUGGAGCAGCAGCGGCGCGCUCAGGAGGAGCAGGAGCAGGAUUGGCGGCGUAGGAGUGUGCAGACGGCUGAGCCAUCGCAGGAGAGGUGGGCGCAGGAGCAGCUGUCGGAUCAGGAGCGAGAGUGGCGCCGCCGCAAGGAGCAGUUGUCAGAGGAGGAGGUCGACCGCCAAGAGCGCGAGAUCAUGGAGAGUCUGGAGCAGGAGGAGAGCUGGCGCUACCACCAGCAGAUUAAAUACCAGUCGCGGCUGGCCAAGAUGCAGGCGGCCGAGCAGUCGUGGCAGCAGACGCAGGAGUGUCCGCCGGGCGAGCGACGCUCGGCCGACCUGUUCACCAGUCGCGAGCAGGCACGCUCCAAUCCCAACCUGCUGCAGGAGGCGCCGGCGCCGCUGGCACCCUCGCGCAGCUACGGCGACCUGCAGGCGCCGGCGCCGGCGCCGCUCCAGCAGAGCCGUGCGGUGUCGUCCGGCCGGCCCUGA